GGUGUUCCUGUAAUCCUUGUUACAAUGGAGGUGUGUGUGUCAACAAUGAGAUGAGUUACCAUUGUAUAUGUCCACCGGGGUUCUUUGGAAUACACUGUGAUCAAAUAAUUAAAAAUUUAACCACAGCCCAGUCAAAUGCCCGUGCAGCUGCUCAAGAGACGAGCCGUAUCACCACUUUGGUCCCUUCUGUCACAGCAACUGGCGUGGUACUGGUAUGCGUGGUUUGCAUUACCGCUGCAUUGUGGAAUCGCUAUCUGAAGAAAAGAAAAACUAACCCUGACCCAAAUGACAACCCCAUGGAUCAAAAGGAACAAGCCGAUGUAGAAGAUGAUGAAGAGACCGCAUGUUCUUCUUCUACAGAAAUUGUUAAUGCAGUUCCCCCGGCACUCGUCCUGUUCCCAGGAACUGUUAGUCCAGGCUCUAAAAGGUUAUACAACGGAGGUCAUAGGGGUAGGCAUGGCAAACUAAAAUCGAUCUAUCCUGAAGAACCCUUGGAUCAAGAGGAACAAGCCGAUAUAGACGAUGAAGAGAGUCAAUAUUCCUCUCCUACAGAAGCUGUUAAUGCAUAUCCCCCGGCACUCGUCCUCUUCCCAGGAACUGUUAGCUCAGGCUCUAAAAGGUUAUACACCGGAGAUCAUAAGGGUAGACUUGGUGAAUUAAAAUCGAUCAAUCCUGAGCAACCCUUGGAUCAAGAGGAACAAGCUAGUGUAGAAGAUGACGAGGAGCCGUCAUGCUCUUCUCCUACAGAAGUUGUUAUCUCAAAUCCCCCGCCACUGGUCAUGUUCCCAGGAACUGUUGGAUCAGGUUCUAAAGGGUUAUAUAAAGGAGAUCGUAAGGGUAGACAUGGCGAACUAAAAUCGAUCCUUCCUAGACAACCGGAUCCAGAUCAUGGUCACACGUCUGCAGUUCAAAGUUUUUCACCGCAACCGCUCCCUCGGCGAUUACCGCCUUUGCAAACAUAAUAGCGGUUAUGUUACGGUAGUUUAGAGAGAAUUCUUUUGCGAUCAUAUCGCCAUACAUUAUGUUACAGAAGGAGAAUAUUUUAAAAGAGGGACUAUUGGACGCAUAUGAAAAAUUCAGUUUUAACACUGCAGGGGAGUCGGUUCAAU